AUGGCAGAACCAGAUACACCUCAACGCCUUCAAAGGCUUUCAAAGAACCGCACAGACAGGGGGUCAACACCCCAAUUGUCGUUAGAUCAACUCAAGAAAUUAGACGAAUUGAAGAAAACAGAUGAGAUCAUACAGAAAGAAAAGGCGUCAGAAACAGGGAGUUUUACGCCUCUGUACGUAGCAGGCAUUGGUCUCUGGUUGUUUGCAAUGUUUGUACUGAUGCUCGUAGUAACUGGCAGUGGGAAGAUGGAUCCUUUUGCGCUUUUUAUGAACCCCAAAGCACUGGUGGAUGUAGAUAGAGUUGUCUCGACAACGGCUACGGCUACAGCAAGUGAGUGUCGAUUGAUGGACGACUGUGUCUAUUUUUAAAUAUCGAAAUGUGUAGUGUCCAUUUUUAUUAGUGUGGAUUUGCGUGUAAUUGCGGAAUAAUAGCGGAUGCGUAUAUAUGUGAGUUCUUGUUUUUGUGUUCAGCCUUAUAUGAUGUUGA